AUGACCAAAAUUCUGGUUUUUGUUUGGAACACGACCGAUUUUCUGGGACUUGGACAUUACGUGUGGUGGAAUGCUGGUAUUGUUUGUCAGGGAGGGAGUGUCCCCCCUGCCUCCAAUUCUCGACUCUCACCUCUCUCCCACGAGCCUGCGGGUUUUUAUAAUGUGGACAUUCCUAUGGAUUCAACUAAGGAUGUGAAGAAAAAGGAAAAAGAACUCCAAGCGAUGGAAGCCGAGCUAAACAAAAGAGAAAAGGAACUGAAAAGGAAGGAAGAGGCUGCGUCGCGAGCUGGCAUUGUCAUAGAAGACAAAAACUGGCCACCCUUUUUCCCUCUCAUUCAUCACAAUAUUUCAAAUGAGAUACCCAUCCAUCUACAAAAAAUGCAGUACCUUGCAUUUUCAUCAUUUUUGGGAAUUGCUCUCUGCCUCUUCUUUAAUAUCAUAGCGACUACAACUGCAUGGAUUAAGGGAGAAGGUGUCAUGGUUUGGUUGCUUGCCAUUAUCUACUUCAUAUCUGGUGUCCCUGGGGCUUAUGUGUUAUGGUAUCGCCCUCUUUAUAAUGCGAUGAGAACUGAGAGUGCUUUGAAGUUUGGGUGGUUUUUCCUAUUUUACAUGAUUCACAUAAUCUUCUGCGUGUGGUCAGCUGUGUCUCCCCCAUUCCCUUUCAAAGGAAAUUCUUUGACUGGGAUUUUGCCUGCCAUUGAUGUCAUAACCAAGAGCCUUAUUGUUGGGAUAUUUUACUUUGUUGGAUUUGGAUUGUUCUGCCUUGAAUCACUGCUGAGCAUAGGUGUCAUUCAGCAAGUGUACAUGUACUUCCGUGGAAGUGGAAAAUCCCAGGAGUUGAAACAACAGGCAGCACGUGGUGCCCUGAGCUCUGCGUUCUGA